AUGACCCCGGAGAAAGUCAGAGUAAGCAUUUCCAUGAGCCCCCCUAUACUUCUGAUAGACUACUCACGCGCAUUAACAUUAAAUGGGGCAGCAGUGGUGCGCGUUGAAGCACCCUCAUCUAUGAAGAACCAUGCCCCCAUUGACCUAGUCACACUUAUCAAUAUUAACCAAAGCAUGAGCUGGCCAGCAGCAUCGCAAACAGAGAUGUCAUCUAGGUUGGAUCUGCUGAAAAAUGCCAUGAAGUUCAUAAUAAGGCAGCUUGGUGAUGACGACCGCCUAGCCAUUGUAGCAUUCAACGAUCAGGUCAUCAAAGAGUAUACCACUGGCAUUUUAGAAAUAUCCGACAUUGGUCGGAUGGCUAUCGAGAAAAAGGUGGAUGGGCUUGUGGCUAAGGGUGACACUGCUUUUAAACCAAGCUUGGAGCAUGCUGUGAAGGUUUGCGCAUAA